AUGUCUUUUUCAAAUGAUGCGCCGUCGCAGCGGCGGAAUCCCUUCUUAAGGACGGGCUCUCCGGCUGCUACACCGGCUACCAACGGCCGACCCAAGUCUGCGCUCUUCUCUCCUCAAGCGCCAAGCAGUCCUUCACAUAACCGGUCUCACUCGGGCAAUCCCUUGGGAGUAGUAUUGACUCCUCCGGCGAUAAAGAAUGGGCGACGAGAUUCGCGGAGUGGCACUCCGACCUCGGGCACAUUUGCUCCCGCUUUCAUCAAAACUGAGGAAAUGAUGCGGGGUUACGACACCGUCAAAGGCAUCGAAGGCGAAAACGAUUUUUCCGGCAAGCGCUACGUGUGGCUUAAGGAUCCCGAAGAAGCUUUUGUCAAAGGAUGGGUUGUGCAAGAGAAGCCAGACGGCAACCUAGUCGUUCAGCUCGACGACGGCAGUCAACGAGAGGUUGAUCCUGAAGGCUUUGACAAGGUCAAUCCUACGAAAUUCGACAAGGCCAAUGACAUGGCAGAGCUCACGCACCUCAAUGAAGCCUCCGUGGUACACAACCUCCGCAUCCGAUAUCAGUCCGACCUCAUUUACACAUACUCCGGCCUCUUCCUGGUCACCGUUAAUCCAUACUGCCCAUUACCCAUAUAUACAAAUGAGUACAUCAACAUGUACCGGGGAAGAAGUCGAGAGGACACCAAACCGCACAUCUUUGCCGUUGCAGACGAGGCAUUCCGCCAUUUGGUCGACGAAGGCUCGAAUCAGAGUAUCCUGGUUACCGGUGAAUCCGGAGCCGGCAAAACUGAGAAUACCAAAAAGGUCAUCCAAUAUCUCGCCGCCGUGGCCCAAUCUGACCCAUCCAGCAAGAACCGCGGCCAACACGACAAUCUUUCGCAACAAAUUCUCCGUGCCAAUCCAAUACUCGAGGCUUUCGGCAAUGCUCAGACUGUUCGAAACCACAACUCCUCGCGUUUCGGCAAAUUCAUUCGGAUCGAGUUCAACCGCAAUGGUGCCAUUACCGGCGCACACAUCAACUGGUAUCUGCUCGAAAAGUCAAGAGUCGUUCGCAUUAAUAGCCAAGAACGCAACUACCAUAUCUUUUACCAGCUUCUCAAGGGCGCAAACGCGCGUAUGAAGAAGGAAUUCCUACUCGACGGUCGUGACACGGGCGAUUUUUCAUAUACACGAGACGGCAAUGACAGCAUUGUUGGGGUUUCAGACACGGAAGAGUGGGAUACGCUUAUGGAGGCUUUCCAAGUCAUGGGCUUUUCUGAACAGGAUCAAAUGUCCAUUCUGCGAACCGUUGCGGCUGUUCUGCACCUUGGCAACGUUGAGGUCAUGAAAGAGAGUCGAAGUGCUGACCAGGCAUCUCUCUCUGCCGACGCAAAAGCGCAGGUGGCCAAGGUCUGUAAGCUCCUCGGUGUGCCCGUGGAGCCCUUUAUUCGUGGCCUGCUACAUCCCAGGGUCAAGGCCGGUCGUGAAUGGGUAGAGAAGGUGCAGACCCCCGAACAGGUCCGUCUCGCCCUCGACGCACUGGCCAAGGGUAUCUACGAGCGCGGCUUUGGCGACUUAGUUUCUCGCAUCAACCACCAGCUUCACAGCUCCGGCAUGGGCCCUGACGAAUCGCACUUUAUUGGCGUCCUCGAUAUUGCAGGCUUCGAAAUCUUCGAUCACAACAGCUUUGAGCAGUUAUGCAUCAAUUACACCAAUGAGAAACUGCAGCAGUUUUUCAACCACCACAUGUUUGUGCUGGAGCAGGAAGAGUAUGCCAGGGAGCAGAUUGAGUGGCAAUUCAUCGAUUUUGGUCGAGAUUUGCAGCCGACGAUUGAUCUCAUUGAGCUCUCUAACCCUAUUGGCAUCUUUUCUUGCCUCGAUGAGGACAGCGUCAUGCCCAAGGCUACCGAUAAGACCUUUACUGAGAAGCUCAACGCUCUGUGGGAGAAGAAGACUGCCAAGUACCGCCCUUCGAGACUUGGUUCAGGCUUCAUUCUGACUCACUACGCCGCCGAGGUCGAAUACGACACCAGCGGCUGGCUUGAGAAGAACAAGGACCCUCUCAACGACAAUGUCACGCGACUUCUUGCGACAUCAGGCGACAAGCAUAUUGCUGGACUUUUUGCUGAUUGCGCUGACCCGGAUGAUGAGAUUGGUGGAGGUCGCAAUCGCGUCAAGAAGGGCUUGUUCCGGACCGUCGCCCAGCGCCACAAAGAGCAGCUUCACAAUUUGAUGAGCAAGCUGCAUUCCACGCAUCCUCAUUUCGUGCGCUGUAUUCUUCCCAACCACAAGAAGCGCCCUAAGACUUUUAGCAACCUUCUCGUUCUGGACCAGCUGCGCUGCAACGGUGUGCUGGAGGGUAUACGAAUCGCCCGGACUGGUUUCCCUAACCGACUUUCAUUUGACGAACUACGUCAACGAUACGAGGUUCUUACCCCUAGCAUGCCCAAAGGUCAUGUGGAUGGCCAGACAGCCGCGACCAUUAUGCUAGAGAAACUUUGUCUGGACAAGGCGCUGUACCGCGUUGGUCUAACCAAGGUCUUCUUCCGUGCUGGUGUUUUGGCGGAGUUGGAAGAGCAGCGCGAUGCACUGAUUACUGAGAUAAUGUCACGGUUUCAGUCAGUUGCGCGGGGCUUUGUCCAGCGACGUGCGGCGUACAAGCGACUCUUCCGAACAGAGGCUACCAGAAUCAUUCAAAGAAACUUUAACGUCUACCUGGACCUUGUGGAGAACCCUUGGUGGCAUCUUAUCGUCAAGAUGAAGCCUAUGCUUGGAUCCACCAGAACUGCUUCGGAAGUCAAGAAGAGAGACGCCAUGAUUCAGCAGCUGAAUGAAAAGAUGCGUAUUGAACUCGAGAACAAGAAGAAGCUUGAGGAGGAGCGACGCAACUGCUUCACCGAGAUUGCUCGUGUCCAACAAACACUUGAAAGUGAGCGAGCGCUGGCGUUGGAUAAGGAAGAAAUCUUCAAGCGGCUUCAACAGCGGGAAGCUGAGCUCGAAGAGAAGCUUUCCGGUGCCUUGGAAGAUCAGGAGCGCCUAGAGGAUGAGCUUGACGAAAUCAUGGAAGCGAAAGUCCGUGCCGAGCAAGACCUUGAAAGGCAUCGCACGCAACUCGCCCAGGCUGCUAGCUUGAUUGCAAAGCUGGAGGAGGAAAAGAAGACACUCUCGACCAAGUCAGCUGAACUCGAGCAAUCGCUAAACGACAUUUCGCAAAAGCAGUCUGAACGGUCCAAGCAGGAGGAGGCUCUUGAGCGCGAGAUCAAGAUGCUCCAGAGUCAAUUGUCCCUCAAAGAUCGCAAAGCGCAGGAUCUUGAGAGCAAGCUUCUUCAGGUUGACCAAGAAACGCAAGUCAAACUCCAUGAGACGCAAAAGGAGCUGGAUUUGACAAAGACGCGCGAAGCACGUGCCGUACGAGAAAACCAAGACAUCCAAAAGCAGCUCGCGCAACUAUCCAAGACUUCUACCGAGUACGAAGAUCUCGUCCGCGACAAGGAGAGCGAGCUGUCACUACUUCGCAGCGACAAGAGGCAAUUCGAGUCUGAGCGCCGCGGCUUUGAGGCGCAAAAGAAGGCUUUAACGGAAGACAUUGAGAAGACCACAGCCAAGUCCCGUGACAUCCAGGCCGAGCUCGUUGCGUUGAAAUCAAGGCACUCCCAGCUCGAGAAGGAGUCCGAGGAUGCCAAGACUCUGCUGGAGGCCCGCCUGUCGCAGGAUGCUCAAGCCGACAAGACCAGACAGCAGCUCGAGUCCCAGAUCAAGCGCCUCAAGGAAGAGUUAUAUCAGACGCAGAUGGAUCUCAGCCGAGAGAGGCAAUCCCGUGAUGACGUGCUGCUCUUGGGUGAGCACAAAUAUCAGGCUCUCAAGGACGAAUUUGACAAUCUCAAUGAGUCCAAGAUCAUUAUCGAGAAGGAGCUUUAUGUGCAACAAGAUUCUCUUCGAAGACAUGUCGAAACUCGCAAGGUUGUUGAACAGGAACGCGACGAAGCUCGUGUCGAGAUUCGGAAACUGCGGGCCGCCAAGGCAGAAAUCGAAGGUGCCCGCGUCCUCGCCGAAGAGAAGCGCGAACUUCAAGCUUCCAAGGCAGCCAAGGAUCGCGAGGCCAGCCUUCAACGAGACCUAGACGCUGCUCACUCUCGCCUUGCAUGGUUUGAGGAUGAGUGUGCCAAGCUCAAUCGCCACAUUGAAGGCCUCAACAAGACUAUGCUUGCUUCUGGGGAAUUCGGGCUCAAGAAUGACCAGGCCAAGGAGCGCAUGGAGCGUGAACUGACUACCGUCAAGAGCCGACUUACGGCAUCCGAGAACGACAACCGGGCUCUCUUAAACAAGCUGCAGCAGAAGGGUCUUGAGAUUGCCCGUUCCACCUCCAGGGCAAGCGAUGCGUCGCGCGGACAAGUAUUGUCUCUGCAAAAGGAAAAGACGAGGCUGGAAGAACACAAUGCUGUUCUAGACAGGCAACUAGGCGAAGCUCAGGUCACGAUUGCGUCGCUUGAGAAGAGAACUGAAAAGUUGCAGCUCGACUUGGAGGAUCUCAACCACGAAGUUGCGCGAGAAGUCAAGACCAGCCGCAACGCCGAAAAGGCCUCUUCCAAUUUCACCGCACAGCUCGCCGAGGUUAACCGUACUCUGGAAUCUGAGCGACAGCUGCGCACCCAGGCUCAGUCAACUGUGCGCACGCUGCAGGCAUCUCUGUCAUCCCGCGACCAUGAGCUUGAGGACCUUCGAGAGCAGAUGCUCAAGAUCCUCAAGACGGUCGAUCCAGAGGCUACGCCUCCGGUUGUGGAUGGGGCUAGUGAUCGUGGCAUUGCCGUUAACUUUGACCUAGUCCGCAAGGUCGAAGAGCUGCAGCAAAACUUGCGCGCUCAGAUUGCGGCACGUUCCAACGCCGAGUCUCAGCUGUCUGAGCUCCGUGCCUCGCGUGGCGACCCCAACCGCCCCAAGCUCGAGGAGAUGCAUAUCAACGAGGCUCCGUUCAACGGUUCGCCGACGCAGAGGAAGACCAAGAUGCGACGGGUUUCCAACACAACGACACCAACCCGUCGCAACCAGCAGCCGGAGUAUGAGCUUAUGGAUUCCGCUCGCUCGGACAGAACCGCCGACACUGCCGUCGUGAACCACCGCAUGGACUUGAAGGCUGAAGUCGAGGAGCUCCACAACCAGCUCCAGCUUCGGGAUAUGCAGAACCGCCACCUGCAAAGUCAGCUCGAUCGCGCAACUCCUGGUCCCGAUAGCACCUAUGAUGAGCAAAGCCCGUCCAUCCGCCGCAUGCAAAAGCUCGAAAAGGCCAACAGUCGCCUACACGACCUCUUGGACGACUCUGCUCGGAAGGUCUCCACUCUCGAGAAGAACAUUCGCACUGGCGAGCUGUCACUCCGCGACAUUCAGACGCGCUCCCUUGAGGAAUUGCUCGACGCUUUCAAUAACCAGGAAGAGUCUCGCCGCUCGCUUCUUCACAGCCAUAAGGAUGCUGUAGCGGAGCUCACGGAAGUCAAGUCUCACUUUGAUAAACUGCGCCACGACCGCGCCAAACUGGAGGUUGAGGUUCGUGAUGUCAAAUCAGACUUGCAAGAAAUGACACAAGCCCGCGAGCAAGAGGCACAGAGCCGCAGCCAACUGCUUCAAGAAUACACCGAUCUCCAGAUUCGCCUGGACGCGGAGACGGCUAGACUAGCAGAUGUGAAUUCCAGCCUUGAAACGUACAAAUCACGUGCAGAUGAGUACUUUGGCAAGCUGGAACAGGCUGAAAUUACCGUUCUCAAGGCCACCCGCGCUGAGCAGUUUGCCAAGUCUCAGGCCAGGGAAGCUGAGGACUCUCUGGCGGAGACGAUGGCCGAGCGCCAGAAACUGGACAACCAGAUUGAGGAUCUGCAGAGACAGAACCAACGGUUGGAUGAAAAACUUGAGGACAUUUCGACUGACUUGGAGGGGGCACUGCAAUCAAAGAAGCGACUCCAGCACGAGCUUGAAGAUUACCGCAGCCAGCGCGCCAUGGAUAUCGAGGACAAGGAAUCUAGCAUGGAGCAAACUCGCAAGAAGUACCAGGCUGAGUUUGCUACCCUGACCAAGGAGCUUGACCUUGCGCGCGAGGAAAAGCUGUACAAGCAGACUGAGAUUACCAGGCUGAGAGAAGAGCUUGACGACCUCCGAUCCAAGUGGGACGACGAGGUUCUCAACAGCUCUACUUGGUCCAAGGAGAAGGCCCGCAUGGAGGCGACUCUGUCCGACGUAUCGGCCUCGCGCGAGGAAGCCGCGAAUGCGCAUAGCGAGGCCCAAGGAAAGGUCGUGUCUCUGUUGUCGCAGGUACGGACGCUACGAACUAGCGUAGAUGAGAUCACCGGGGAGCGCGAUCGCCUGAUGCGGGAGAAGCGCAACGUGGAGAGCCGCCUGGAGGAAGCCAAAGCUGGUCUGGACGGCCUCGCCCGCGGCGAUAGCGCAUCGCUGCGAGAUGCUGCCAACAUGGACAAGGAGGUCCUAGAGCUCAAGUCAAACCUGGCGAAGCAAGAGGACAUUGCGACUGCCGCGGUGGAAAAGAUGCGACGGUCAGAGGCCCUGGUAGCUGAGAUGCAAAGGGAGGUUGUCGCCGAGCGAGAGAACAAUGCUGCAGUGCUCUCUCAAAAGGCAGCCGUGGAGCGAACGCUCAAUGAGGCGCAGCUGAAGCUGGUGGAUCUGGAGACGAAGGGGUUCUCCAGCGCCAGCCAGGACAUUAAGUUUUUGCACAAGAGGAUUCAAGAGCUUGAAUCACAACUCGAGAAACACGAGACGGAAAAGUCGCAGUCACAGCGAUCAACGCGAAAUGUCGAUCGGGCAGUCAAGGACCUACAGGGCCAGGUGGAGCGAAAGGACAGGCAGAACGCGCAGCUUUCAGAAGACGUCAACCGGAUGCGCGAAAAGGUCGACAAGCUUCUGAAGACGAUUGACGAACUACAAGCGUCAGAGUCGGCUACGCAGCUGCUGACGCGACGAGCAGAGCGCGACCUGCGGGAGGAGAAGGAGAAGUCACUGCGCCUGGAGCGCGAGGUGGACAGCUUGAAGACGUUUAAGAGUGGUGGGAGUCUCAAGACGAGCGGGAGCCUCAGGACGGGCGGGAGCAUUCGCAGUCGGAUCAAUGCGCUUGGGGUGAUUGAGGAUGAAGAGGAGGACUCGAGCCUGAGUCGGGCGCCGAGCCUGACCAAGGGCUUUAUCUAA